UCAGAGAACUGAGCCCUGAGGGACCCCAGUAGCUAUAACUAGUCUUACGAACUAGUUUGACCAACUAGCAGUUAGCCAAGGGCUCAGUCUGUCUUUUCAGAUUCAAAUGAGACCAAUUUACUUUUUUUGUAACUGAUUUUAAAAGAAAAAAGAAUAAAUUCCGCACACUAUCUGCACUUGCAGAUGUUUCAAAAUUAAAAUGUAUGUUGGUCAUCUUCCAAACUGAGAUUGUGACUGGUGAGGCAUCAUCAGUUCUCUCUAUGCUGCCCCCCAAUGGACGAAUCCGGAACUACCUGGAAAGUUCAUGAACUUGCUGGUGCUGAUGACACACAGUAUAAAGCUGAGAGACUCCCAGAACUGGAGUCAAAUCUAAAAGCCUUACGACGCCACCAGAGAGACAACUCGACUGAGGAGCAAAACUAAAAGCCAUUGAAAAUGUUGAGCCUGCAUGGAUUCCAGCCUUCCCUCAGCUCAUUCAUGGGAAUGGACUGGCCAGUGCGCAGUCUCUGGCCGGAGAUCACAUCUCUUUACAGACACGGAGAGGAACUGCAGGAGCUGAAGAGAAGCCUGGAGCAGCUGGAGAAACUUCAGGAUAAGAUCCUUGAGGAGAUCCAACUGAUGCCACCCUCACAGGAGAUCUACCCAGUGGCCUGCACAAUGGAGAAAGAGGGAAGCGGCUUUGCUUUGACGCUGGACACUAAAGACUUUUCCCCAGAAGAACUGUCAGUCAGACAGGUGGGCAGGAAGCUGCAUGUCAGCGGAAAGAGUGAGAAGAAGCAGGAGGAUGGGAAGGGCUCGUACUCUUUCAGAACCCAAGAGUUCAGGCGGGUGUUUGAUCUUCCUCAAGGAGUGAAUCCUGAGGCGGUGACCUGCUCCAUGGCUGAUGGAAAGCUCUAUAUACAGGCACCAGUAAAUCAGCCGUCAGAUGCGGCUGAGAGGAUGCUGCCCAUUGACUGUCAAACUGUGAAGACAACGCAGCCGGAGACAGCCGACACCAGCACCACCCAGACGACACUCAACAAUCCUGAAAGCACUGAGCACAGAGUACAACCCUCUGCUGGACAAUCUUAAAUAAUGAUGUUUUGUUUUAUUUAAAAACAUUGUGUUGUACUUAAUUGUUUUCUAGUCUUUAAGUACUACAAAUGAACAAAAAGAUGGAUUUUUUAUAUUGAAUAUAUACAUGGAAUUAAAUAAAAUAAGAACAGCAAAAAAUGA